AUGGUCAUUCGGGUUGGUAUGCUUCUGUUCCUAUGUUCUGUGAUCUGUUUCCAGCUGGCUGGGGCAGAUUCCGGCAUUCUGCCACUUCGCUACGACCUACAGAUUCAGAUUCCAACAGCUUCUGUCUCGGAUCCGUUGAUCCCGACCUUCUUCGCGGCUCUGAGGGUAGAUUUCCAGGUGACGAAGCCGCUUUUCAGUCAGUUCAGAGGUCACAGUUCAUCUCUACUCAGUAAUGAUAAUGUGGCCAAGCCUGAGGGCGCAGAAUUGAAGUUUAAAGCGAGGAAUCUGGAAGCUUUUGAAAACGUGACAUUAUCAAAUGAUCAGAGGACGUUUGGGGUUAUAGAUGUCAGAAUACUGGAUAACGAGAUUGUUUUUGUAGUGGCAGAACCGGCGUUAUCACCUGGCAGGUAUUCUUUGCACAUUGAUCGAUAUGUGGGGACGAUAACUGACGACAACGGCGUCUUUUACAGGUAGAUCAUUUUUUAGAAUUAUUUUACUGUUCCAGUUCUAAAUAUCAGUUUAAACUGAAUGUAAAACAUUUUCCUAUGUUUUUAUGUAAAGAACUUUAUUUACAGAGACGUUGGAGGUGCCGCAGCGAUUGCCACGAAUCUGUUUCCAUCGUACGCAGACACCGUGAUUCCGAUCGUGCGGAAUUCUUCACGGAAAGUGUCAGUUCGGUUGAGUAUUAUUCAUCCUACGGGUACUAUCGCUUUGUCAAACAUGCAGAAUGAGCACGAAGCUUUUAUCGUGCACGAACAUUGGAAAAUGACAGAUUUCGUACAGGCUGCGAACCUGCCCUUACACAUGUUUGCCUUCAUUGUGUUACCUGAGAUGUACGAAAGGGUAAGUAAUACGAUUAUAAUUUCUAAAUAUUGUUUUCAACUUUUGUAGUUUUCGUUGUGGGACCAAAAAAAGAUCUUUUUUAAAAUAUUUUUAAAAAUUAAAAGGAAACAUAACUUCAGGCUCAAGUAUCCUCGAAAUACCCUAUCUACAUUUACUUUAACCGGUUUCGGCAGUCCAAGGUAUUGAAGGAUGAAGCAAUUGGACUAGCUGGAGCUGUGUACGAGAGAGUUUACCAAUUGAUGGAAGAGCCUUUACCAUUCACAAAGAUCAACAUCGUAUUCCUGAAUGAAUUUAAUAGUAAGAUGUGCAAAAUAUUGGUUUAAAGCUUUACAAAUGCUUCAAAUGUUUACUUUUUUUCUAAAAUAUGUUGUUUAUUACAGUGUAAAGUGACCUUACAGUAUUUAACAUGAUUAUAUAGGUACCCAUAGUACCGGACUGAUACUGCUGAGCGAGGAGUACUGGGAAGAUGCUGAUGAAUGUCAUCGGAUUCAGAUGUUGGCCAAGAACUUCAUUCGCCAAUGGAUGGGCGGGUUGGCUUCAAUCGACAAUUUCCACGACAUUUGUUUCCAGGUAUUGUUGCAAGAUAUUUGUUAUAAGUGUCUUGAUGUAUAAUCUCUAAUCUUUUUGUAAUAUUUAUAUAUUACUGUAAUUCAGGAAGACGUAGUAGCCUUCCUAGCGUCCAAGAUAGUGGCCAAGAUGACUGGUUUCCAUCCCAGAAGUGUGGACAUGUUCCAACGGUACCAUUUGUCCGAAUACGUGAAGAUACAACUGGUCGAUACCUUCUUCGACCACGACGCUCCUCUCAGCUUCGAAAACCCUCCAGAAGCCGACUACAUAUCGCUACGAUGCGGACACAAAGGAGCACAGUAUCUCGAGUCUCUGGAGACGGUAUUCGGCGAGGAUACGGUACUAGACAAAAUACGAGGUUUGAUACGUCAAUACAGUUACAAGACCUUCUCAUUGGACACUUUCCUACAAUCACUCAAGUCUCAUAUUGUAGAUGGCAUCGACUUGGCACAGGUAGGUUCUUUUUGCUGGGUUAUUACUGUAAAAUGACAUACUUUAAAGGUGUUAUUGAUGUCAAGUAUGUGUAAGAUAGUUUAGUAAGACAGUUUAAAGUCAAAUUUGAAAAAUAAGUUCAGAUAUACGACUUCUGGUUCCACACUCCUGGUAUCCCUAACCUCAAGUUGGAGCAGAUCAACGAACGAGUUCGACUGACUCAGUUUAUACCUGAGGAUAGUAAUGAUAAAGACUUGACACUGUUUCCACUCAGAAUCGCCAUCAGAAACCUGUCAUUGCCAGUGUCAUUUAUGUUGAGUCAAGGUAAAUUUCCAUACUGCUUUAGGCAACAAAAGAGGAUUUAAUAUUUUGCAUUGUACCAUCACUCUUGUUGGUUACAUUAACUUAAAUUAAAUUAAUUUUCAAACGUGUGUCUUUAGGGUUAGAGCUAGCUCCAUUGGACAGUAAACUGUUACCAUUAACAAACCUGGGAUAUGGUCACAUUUACAGAGUAAAUUACAACUCUAGGAUAUGGGAAAGGAUACUGAGGCAUCUGGAGGAAGCUCCACAUCUCUUCUCAGCACGAUCCAAAGCUCAGAUCCUCAACGACUUUUGUUACUUCGCUUCCCAUGGUAAGAUAACGUUCAUAGAGAACAUGACAAUGAGUAUUAGCUUUGUUGCGGACUUUAUUUUAGCCUCACACAUCAUAAGAAACACUAUUUUUUGCUUAACUUAAUGAAACACCUGAAUUUUUACGACCAAUCUUCGUAUUUUAGGUGAGAUCGGAUCAGAAGAAAACAUGUUAAAGCAGGGAUUCCUGCAACUGAUGAGGUCAGAGAACGAACACUUUGAUCUUUGUGAAUUCUACGCCUUCUGGUGUCUCUCUGGCUACAAGAAACAUCCCAACCUUAGUAGCAACUCCACCAAACAGAGGUUGCGAAAGUUGUGGCCAAGCGUCGAGAGUGUCUUAUCUAAUCGUCGCAACUUUGAAUGUGUAGCCAAUAGUAACGCGUCUUCCUUGGCCAACAUCAUCUGCCAGAUUGCGUUUGGCUCUAAUUGUAUCUAA